AUGGUUCAACGAGUUAAGAUCAUUCAAGAUCACAUAAAGUUAAAAGUUACUAAAGUAAUUUUAUCCAGUCGUCAUCACAUUAAUAAAGGACUUUUUUACAAAAUUAUUGCUCCUUUUAUGAAAGAUGGACUGAUCACAUCUAAAGGCGACAAAUGGCGAAAUCGUAGGCGUUUGAUUGGUCCUGCUUUCAACACAACGAUUAUAUCCCAAUUCAUUCCGUUGAUGAUCAACAAUGCUUCAAUGUUGGUUAAAUCGUUCAGAGAAGCGAGCUCAUCCUCCAAAAGAGCUGUUAAUAUUGUUGAUUACAUUCACUUAACUUCAAUGGACAUAAUUUGCAAAACGGCAAUGGGAAUAUCACCUGAAGCUCAAAGUAAACCAAGCUCAUUAGUUGUUCAAGCUGUAACUUGGAUGACAAAAGAGCUAGCUCAUCGUAUUUACAAUCCAUUUCUUUGGGUUGAUUUGAUAUUCGUAAAGUCACCAAUGGGUCAAAGUUUUAGAAGACAUUUGCAAAAUUUCGAACACUUUACUCAUUCAAUUAUUCAUUCAAAGCUGAAGCUUUUGAGAGAUAAAUCAACAAUAGAACUAGAAAAGGCCGACCAGAAAGAUUCUUGUAAUUAUGAUGCUAAUAAUAAUGUUAAUAAUGUUGAUGAAAGUUGUUAUUACAAGGAAAUGACCGGUGAAAGGAAAGCAUUUCUCGAUUUAUUACUUGAAAAGCAUCUUCAGCCUUCAGCAAAUGAUGGUAAACCAAUAAUUGAUCUUGAAGGUGUCCAAGAAGAGAUUAGUACCUUUCUGUUUGCUGGUUAUGAGACAACUGGAACUGCAAUUAUGUGGAUCAUUUAUUUAUUAGGUCUGCACACGGAGGUACAAGACAAGAUUCAUGCUGAGAUAAAUUCAAUUUUAGACGAUAAUAUAGAUGAUUUAAGUUACAAUCAAAUUCAUAAAUUUAAUUACUUGGAUCAGUGUAUUAAAGAAGGAUUACGUUUGUUUCCACCAGUACCGAUGAUUGCUCGUGAACUGGAUCAAGAGGUUAUCCUGGAUGGAUUCAAGAUUCCCAGAGGAGCUUCAGUGGCAAUAAUGAUUUACUCAAUUCAUCGAGAUCCAAUAAUCUAUCCUGAUCCAGAUUCAUUCAAUCCUGAUCGAUUUGAUUCAGAUCACAUAUCUUCGAUACCAGCUUAUGCAUACAUCCCUUUCAGUGCUGGACCAAGAGUUUGCAUUGGUCAACGAUUUGCUUUGAUUGAAAUGAAAAUCAUUUUAAUUCAAAUCAUCAAAAAUUUCCGUCUCAUUUCAACAAAACCAUUGAAUCAAAUUCCAUAUGAGUUUGAAGUUACAAUUAGGCCGAAAGUGCCUCUCGAUGUUAAUUUCAUUCCUCGAAACAGUAAUUGUGAUGAUGUAUUGUAAGAACAUCACUCAAAUACGUUAACUUAAGUUUAUUCGAGUGCAAUGCAUUGAUUGAACAUUUUAACUGUAGAGAAACCAGAAAAACCCAAAUUACCAAAUGUUUUUUUUCGAGUUUGAAGAACUAUUUAUUGCA